AUGCAGUCUUUACGCACACGUAGGCCCUCUGAGACGCGCACUGUGAAACGCCAGGCCUCCAAACUCGAGAAGAAGCCCAUCAAUAAGAAUGUCCGCAAGUCCACCGUCGAUGACAAGAUAAAGAAGCGCAUGUCCCUGCGCUAUGCAGAGAUUUCCGCGCCCACUGAUGCCUCUGUCCCGGACGUGCCAAGCGUUCCAAUUGGGCUGCGGCCAGGCGCCGCGAGGGACCCAGAUGAGAUUGUCUUGGAACGUGCCAGUUUCAGAGAGGAUCCAAAGGCUACAGAUCAGAGGUUGCUAGGCAAGGAAGAUUUUGACCCCGACACUUACUUGAAGGCCAAACUGGCUAACUCGACCGAAGCCGAGCUCAAGUCUCUCCAGUCUUCACUCAGAUCGUCCAAGGAUGAUACCGCUGUUGAACUACAGCGGAAUGUGUUCAAAAACUAUGCCGAAUUCGUUCAUAUCUCCAAAGAAAUUUCUGUCCUCGAGAACGAUGUGCUCGAGCUCAAAGAAAGCCUUUCUGAAUGGAAGUCGAUGCCGAGCCUUUUGCACAUUGAUGAGUCCGCCUCUGCUUCGGAGCGGCGGCGCAACGUCCGUUCAUCCAUUGCGGACCUUCGCGUGCUCUAUGCGAAUCAAAUGCAGACACUGCACACGCAAAUCGAGGGCUCCGCCAAAUUCGUUCCAACAACCCCAGGCAGACACAUAAUUUAUGAGAUGGACGGGAUACAUGCUCUCAAUGCGGCCACAUACAGGGUUAGUAACACUGUCAAGUUCGUCGUGCUAGAUGAUUCUGUGCUCGUCGCGAAGAGGAGGAGGAGGAACAAUGGAGAGGGCGGUCGGCUAGUGGCAGAGAGAUGUUGGCCUUUGCACGAGAUGCUAGUGUUGGAUACGAAGGAUACAGCGACUAUGACGAAUGUCUUUAAAGUUCGCCGUCAAAAAGAGACAUACGUUUACAGAACGGAGGCAGCUUCUGAUAAGAAGAUUCUUCUGGGACAAUUCCGCCAAGUUGCCGAAGAACUCGCAAUCCGCAAACGCAAGGAGCGUGAAGGCGAGCACGAGCGACGCAAGAGCAUGUGGACCAGUGGAGAUCGCGCCUCCAUGAAUCCUGAUACGAUGCCGCCCCUUCCUGACUGGAUGGCUGAGCUUGCCCGCAAAGCAGGUGUUGACGGGGACACCAGCGCACGGGACAAAUCCGAGAGCGAUGCACGUUUCAUCAGUGAUUUUUCUGACGACCUCACUGUCGCCAUCGCUCUGCGAUCCUGGGAACGGGCCGUUGAACUAGUGGAGGAUGGUCGAACUAAAGCCACUUCCAUACCGUCAUUGAACGCCAAGCUCACUCCUCUCACGGCAAGCCUCACCUCAGCAUUACUUGAUGCACUCAGUGUGCCCGGGAACCGCAAGAACACUGCAGUCGGCCUCAUUGGUCACUUGUUAAAGCUUGGUCAAGGUCCAGCAGCGAGAUCAACAUUUUUAAAUGCACGAGCGGGGGCGAUGGACCGUUACGUUAGGGCCAUCAGAUUUGAAGGCCAUGUUGGGAUGUAUGUGCACGAUUUGGCAGUAGUCGUGUUUACCGGGAUCAAGCACACAGCGGAUUGGUUCCUUGCGGGCUUUGUAGAGCACGAUAUGACUAGCACUUUAAUUGACUGGGCGAAGAAACAGAUCGAGAUGUAUGCUGAAAGGUUCAGGAAGCAGGUCUAUAGUUCCGAUGCUGAACAGCAGACUGUCAAAGAAGCACUCAAAAUCACACACAGUCAGAGUCGCAAGCUUCUACAAGAAUAUGGGCUCGACUUCCGCUUUCUCCUUGACGAGCUCCUUGUUCAGAAUCCUCAGACCAACGAUACCUGCGUUGUUUCUGCUACCUUUCAUGCUCCCUCCCUAGGACCCUCCAUCUCACGUUCGCACACACCACAAUCAACAUCAUCCACCGUAUCUUCCUCAGUGCCUCCCAUUCCUCCAAUUCCCUUGGCCCCUGACUCGCCUGCUCGCACUACUACACGCUCUCCGAUGCCUAUGCGCCCACCCAGCUCCUCCGCCACGCUCGUCAAAUCGACCUGGGAGCACUAA